AUGUCGGACAACAACAACCAGCAGCAGCAACCCGGCCUCGUCGCCAGCCACUUGCAAUACGUCAAGGGAGCCGCAGAGGGCGUCAUUGGCAGCGUAACCGGCAACACAGCAUGGCAACAAAGCGCCGAGACCGACAAGCAAGGCGGCAUCGACGCCAUGAAAGCCGCAUCUGCAAACCGCGACCCCGCCACCGAUGGCUACGGCAAGGUUGAAGAGGUGGCUGGCAGACUUUCUGGCUGCGAGGGUAUGGAGAAGGAGGGUGCUAUUUCGGCCAAGAAGGAGUAA